UAAACGUGUCGUUUACCGCGUCCACUAAACAAAAGAUUUCUAUAAAACCAUUACUCAAAGUCAAAACGGUGCGUAUAAACGUAUUAUAAGAAGCAUAAUCAGUUACUCCAAGCUAAAAAAGAAAUGACCAGUAGCCAGCGGUGAGGGGCUAAAACGGCGAUAAGGCUGCUUCUCUCCAGCAAUGACGUCAUCAUCUUCUUCUUCGAUUUCACUAACUCUCCUCCUAUUUACCUUCCUGCCCCUCACUCUUUCCCAGUCCACAAUCCAAAUCCCAGCCGCCCGCAAAACAUGGAGCAAAGACGACGGUCUCUAUUGUUCCAGCUGGAGACUGUCAGUUGAAACCAACAACGCCGGUUACUGGGUCAAACCGCCAGCACGAUGCGAAAGCUACGUCGAAGAUUACAUGACCGCCGAACGUUACUUAUCGGACUCCGAAGUCGUCGCUGCUGAUUCUAUUUCGUUUGCUAAAUCCGUUAAUGUCACCGGCGACGGGAAGGACGCUUGGGUGUUCGACAUUGAUGAAACUCUGCUCUCCAAUCUACCCUACUAUGAGGUCCGAUUCGGACAACCCUAUGAUGAGAAAUCUUAUGAUCAGUGGGUGAAUUUAGCUAAAGCACCUGCUUUACCAUCAAGUUUAAAUUUGUACAAGGAGUUAAAGCGUCUGGGAUUUACAAUUUUUCUACUGACUGGGCGGAGUGAACAUCAAAGAAAUUCCACUAGUAAAAACCUUCUAUUUGCAGGAUAUAAUGACUGGGAACGACUAUUUUUGAGGGGAGUGACAGACCAAGGCAAGACGGCCAUUGUGUACAAAUCGGAGAAAAGAAUGGAAUUGGUAAAGGAAGGGUACAAAAUACAUGGAAACUCGGGAGAUCAAUGGAGCGACUUGUUGGGAUUUGCAGUAGCGAAAAGGUCCUUUAAACUUCCGAAUCCGUUGUAUUACCUUGCGUAAACUAUCUCUGCAAGACGAAAAAUGUAACACUUGUGACGAUUCGAUUGCUAUUGUUGUUCUGUUGCAUCUCAUUUCCUUUUGUUUGCUGAAGCUGUUUCACUACAGCGUUGUUGUUGACUUGUUGUAAUUUCUUUGUUUAACAAUUUGGAAAUGUUGCACAAGCUCAAACAUGAAUUUUUAAAUGUUGAACUAUUUGUUAUUUA